UUUGCUGGCCCAGACACAGCCCACCUCCCCACGAGCGUAUAUGGUAGCAUACCUUCUCUUCCAGACGGCAUUCGGUGGGACUGGUCCGAUCGCAGUGCAUUCACACAGAUCAGCAGAGGGGCAGACGUAGUCACUUCUGAUCGGGGUUGGAGGUCGGCAAGGGGCAAUGUGCCAGUCAGGCAAGGCAGCUGGUACUGCGAGAUUCAGGUCCUACAUCCUGAUACACCCCUCUCAGACGGCAAAGCCGAUGGCUCUACUACUCCUAAUGCAGUCCUUCGCCUCACGCUCCUUUGCCCCAGGAGACACAAUAGGUCUCUACAUUCGUCUACCGCCUCUCAGCAAGCCCUCGCCCAGAGAUGCAAAAGACCCGCGACAUGUCAGGCGGAAGUGGAUUCCUAUCCGGUACCGAGGUCAAGUGUACUUUGAGCAGCUCGACUACCAUCAGACCCGCGAGAUGGAGAGGCUACUCGAGAAGAGCUGGGCAGGUGACAAGAUACUCGAUCCUGAUGGUGGGCUCAGACUACGUAGGGUCAAAGGCCCGACUGGACGUAUGGGCAACGAGCAAGGAGAGUGGGUGGAAGUCGAAGAGGGAGCGGACGAGGAUGGAGAAGAAGAUGGUAUCGAUGGGCCCACUAGGGCGAGUGGCUCCGGCGCUAAAAUGAAGAAGCAGAAAGCAGUCAAGAAGGCCUCUUCCACACCCACUCCAGCUCCGGGCGGGUCCGCUGCUUCCAAGAGAUCCACAUCUUCUACCAAGGCCGGUGGGAAAGGCGGCGGCGGCGCCGCGGCUGCGGAGGAAGACAAGAAGAAGAAGCGCACCCUACGUCCUCUCCCUACCCUCGGCUCGACAUCACGGAUUGGGUUCUUCCUCAACGGCGAGCCACUCGGUUGGGCUUUUCAAGACCUGCUUGACUUCAGACCACUCCGUCAAGCAGGCGAUGUGCCCUCUACCGCUCCUCCGUCUACUGUCACAUCAGCAGCAGCGCCAAAGAAGGGUAGCGCAGCUGCGAAGAAGCAGGCUGCCGGGGCGGGCAUCACCUCGUCGCACCUAGACCCUGCCUCGCUCGUCUCCCUCUCCACACUCGGUCUUGAAGCUCCCUCUGGCACGCACGACAAAGCAGGCAUCGAGUCCUCCACCGCCGUCGCAGACGCCCUCCCCAAUGGCUCCUCCUCCUCCAACGGGCUCGACUUUCUCUCCGCCCCACUCCUCACUACCUCCGCUUCCCUCUCGGCCAUCAUGAAGUCUCGUGAGAAUCCAUACGAUGAUGGUUGUUGUGGAUACUUCCCCAUGGUCAGCUUAUAUGGGGGCGCGAGGGCGAGACUGAUCUCGCGGGCAGAGGAGAUGAAGUUCAUUCCUGAGGGAGGGUUUGCAGAUGUGGAGAGGAGGUUAGAGGAGGCGGAGAGGAGGAGACGACGCACUGAAGCUUGCGCAGGCGGAGACAAGGAUCAGUCAGAGAAGGCAUCUUCCGCUUCACCAUCGCCGCUCGUCGAGGAGCAUCAGCAACAGCUGGAAGCUGCAGACUGGUGGGGUCAAACCCGUCCUCUAGCCGACCUCUACCCGGAGUACUGGCAAGAGCAACGCGUCCUGGAUUUAGAGGAAGAAGAGCGGGCUAAAGCUCGGGCAAAGUGGAUCAAGACGCUCGUUGAGGAGGACGAGGAAGAGGAAGAUGAGGAGAUCGUCCCCACUGGUGGCGGUGGUGGUGGUGGUGGUGGUGGCGCGCAAGACGAGGCGAGAGGUACAUCUAACGCGACUUCUGCUAGCAAAAAGAAGGGAGGAGCGACUCCAGGAGGAGGAGGAGGAGGAGGAGGCGGUAAAGGAGCGAGAAGGAGCUAUACGCCCCGCGAUCUUACCCACACACCUACCGCUACGCCUACCCCUCCUGGUGUUACUCCUACUCUUACUCCUGCGCCAGAGGGAGAGGAAGAGGAGAUGCGAGCGACGGGAGAGGUGGAAGAAGUUGCGGUGCCUCUCAAGACAGAGGAGAAGGAGCAGGAGGUGGGGCAGGAGGAACAGGAAGAAGCACCUCCGGUCGAAUCCGCUACUUCUCCAGCGCACGCACAUCAAGCAGCUGCGAACGCGCAGCAGCAGCAGCAGCAAGAAGACGUCCUCCCAGCAUCGGCAGAUUAUGACGCUGCGUCUCCUACUUCUCCUUCUGCUGAGAGUGGUUUACAGAAGAAGGAGGAGGAGGAAGAGGAGGAGCAGGAAGAGGAGGAGCAGGAGGAGCAUUGAGCAAUGAGAUUGUGGGCAAGGUGCCAAGGACACCAAAAACAAAAAGUAAUGGUUGGGUAUGCAUUGCGAUUCCAGUCUGAUCUAAGGAAACUCGUCGUCGUCGUCGUCGUCGUCGCAUCAUCUUCGCAUCUUCUCGUCGCGGAAUACAAUGUAC